AUGCCGAGGCCCACGCAGCCCGGCCCACCGAGCCGUGGCCACCCACUACUAUAUGCUCGGAUACGGCCGCCUCACCCGCCGGCGCAGCAAGCAGCAGCAAUGGCGCGCCUGCUCCUCCCCCAAUGCUGCUGCGGCCUCACGCCCCUGCCCCUCCCGCGCCGCGCCGUCGCGCUCCAUCCCCCGCCGUCCCUCCUCCCCUCCUCCGGCGUCGCCGCGUCCCGCCGCGCGCUCUCCCUCCGCGUGGCCGUCGCUGCGCCCGCCCGCCUCGUCACGGCCGAGGACGACGGCUCCGGCUCCUCCUCCCGGGCCCAGGGUGGUGACGAGGGGCCCUCCGCUGACGGGUUCGACCCCGGGGCGCCGCCGCCGUUCGGGCUGGCGGACAUCCGGGCCGCCAUCCCCAAGCACUGCUGGGUCAAGGACCCCUGGCGCUCCAUGGGGUACGUGGUGCGCGACGUCGUCGUCGUGCUCGCGCUCGCCGCCGCCGCCGCCCGCCUCGACAGCUGGCUCGCCUGGCCCGUCUACUGGGCCGCCCAGGGCACCAUGUUCUGGGCGCUCUUCGUCCUCGGGCACGACUGCGGCCAUGGGAGCUUCUCCAACAACGCCAAGCUCAACAGCGUCGUCGGCCACAUCCUCCACUCCUCCAUCCUCGUGCCUUACAAUGGCUGGAGGAUUAGCCACAGGACGCACCACCAGAACCACGGCCACGUCGAGAAUGACGAGUCCUGGCAUCCGCUCCCCGAGAAGCUGUACAGGAGCCUGGACAGUUCCACCCGGAAGCUUCGAUUCGCGCUACCGUUCCCGAUGCUCGCGUACCCAUUCUACUUGUGGUCAAGGAGUCCAGGGAAAUCAGGCUCACAUUUCCACCCGAGCAGCGAUUUGUUCCAGCCGAAUGAGAAGAAGGACAUUCUGACGUCGACGACAUGCUGGCUUGCCAUGGCUGGCCUGCUCGCUGGGCUCACUGUCGUGAUGGGGCCUCUUCAGAUACUCAAGCUCUAUGCUGUACCCUACUGGAUUUUUGUUAUGUGGCUGGACUUUGUCACCUACCUGCACCACCACGGCCACAACGACAAGCUUCCCUGGUAUCGCGGAAAGGCAUGGAGCUAUCUGCGCGGGGGGCUGACGACGCUUGACAGGGACUACGGGUGGCUCAACAACAUCCACCAUGACAUUGGGACUCACGUGAUCCACCAUCUUUUCCCGCAAAUCCCGCAUUACCAUCUAGUGGAGGCGACUGAGGCGGCGAAGCCAGUGCUGGGGAAGUACUACAGGGAGCCGGACAAGUCUGGCCCGUUCCCAUUCCACCUGUUUGGCGCACUGGCACGGAGCAUGAAGAGCGACCACUACGUCAGCGACACCGGAGACAUAAUCUACUACCAAACUGACCCAAAACUUGCCGCUGGUGCACACACAUCCGAUUAA